AUGUCCCAGGGAUCCCUCUGGGUCCCAUACUGGAGAGCCUCUCACGCCUUCCCAGGCUCUCAUACAGCGGCCCCGCCGCCUGUGACAUUGACAGGCAUUUGCAGGACUGAAAAAGUUCCCAAGCCGAUGUUCUGGUCCGGCCGCGGCCGUGCCCACUCAAACCGCCACCCCCUCCAUCGUGGCCUGUCUCAGGGUAUCCUCCACCGGCACCUGGCUGCCGCCGCUCCGAAUCUCCUUGGCCGUCGGGAAGUUGCUCUUGUGCCCCGCAGGGCUGAUAGGAUGGGCUGCAGGGGAGAAGCUCUGAUGGGCAAGCGCCGCAAGUGCAGGUGUAGGGGGAGGAAUCCUGGGGGCGGUCAGGGAAUCUUCUCCUCUGUGAUUCCAAUCUCCUGCCUCCCAGUGGCCAAGUGUGAAUUCUUCAACGCGGGCGGGAGCGUGAAGGACCGCAUCAGCCUGCGGAUGAUUGAGGAUGCUGAGCGCGCCGGGACGCUGAAGCCCGGGGACACGAUUAUCGAGCCGACAUCUGGGAACACCGGGAUUGGGCUGGCCCUGACUGCAGCUGUGAGGGGCUAUCGCUGCAUCAUCGUGAUGCCGGAGAAGAUGAGCUCGGAGAAGGUGGAUGUGCUGCGGGCCCUGGGGGCCGAGAUUGUGAGGACGCCCACCAAUGCCAGGUUCGACUCCCCAGAGUCACACGUGGGCGUGGCCUGGCGGCUGAAGAAUGAAAUCCCCAAUUCUCACAUCCUAGACCAGUACCGCAAUGCCAGCAACCCCCUGGCUCACUACGACACCACCGCUGAUGAGAUCCUGCGGCAGUGUGACGGGAAACUGGACAUGCUGGUGGCUUCAGUGGGCACAGGUGGCACCAUCACGGGCAUUGCCAGGAAGCUGAAGGAGAAGUGUCCUGGAUGCAGGAUCAUCGGGGUGGAUCCCGAAGGGUCCAUCCUCGCGGAGCCAGAGGAGCUGAACCAGACAGAGCAGACAACCUACGAGGUGGAAGGGAUCGGCUAUGACUUCAUCCCCACGGUGCUGGACAGGACGGUGGUGGACAAAUGGUUCAAGAGUAACGACGAGGAGGCGUUCACCUUUGCCCGCAUGCUCAUCGCACAAGAGGGGCUGCUGUGUGGUGGCAGUGCUGGCAGCACGAUGGCGGUGGCCGUGAAGGCUGCGCAGGAGCUGCAGGAGGGCCAGCGCUGCGUGGUCAUUCUGCCCGACUCGGUGCGAAACUACAUGACCAAGUUCCUGAGCGACAGGUGGAUGCUGCAGAAGGGCUUUCUGAAGGAGGAGGACCUCAUGGAGAAGAAGCCCUGGUGGUGGCACCUCCGUGUUCAGGAGCUGAGCCUGUCGGCCCCACUGACCGUGCUGCCGACCGUCUCCUGUGAGCACACCAUCGAGAUCCUCCGGGAGAAGGGCUUCGACCAGGCGCCCGUGGUGGAUGAGGCGGGGUCAGUCUCAGUCCCUGCCCAGAGCUCAGUCCCCGGUUCUGUCUGUCCAGCUCCACCAGGUCAGUGUCCCCGGACAGAGCAGCUGUGCAGACCCCGCAGCUCAGCCGACAGGCCUGUCUGGGCCGCCUCAUGCAGAUGUUCAGGGUGUUGGAGGCCCCUUGGGGACUCCGGUGGGAAUGGUGACCGCUUGGGAACAUGCGUCGGUCCCUGCUUGCCGGGAAGGUGCAAGCCAUCACCAAGUUGGCAAAGUCCAUCUACACGCAGUUCAAACAGGUACUCAGCUACCUACGGGCAGUUCAACAGGUGCGCAGUCACCUACGGGCAGUUCAAACAGGUCCGCAGGCGCCUUCGGGACGGCAGAGGGGUGUCCUGGGAAUGGGGACGGCUUGAACAUGCUGUCGCCCCUGUUGCCGGGAAGGUGCAGCCAUCAGACCAAGUGGGCAAAGUCAUCUACACGCAGUUCAAACAGAUCCGCCUGACGGACACGCUGGGCAGGCUCUCGCACAUCCUGGAGAUGGACCACUUCGCCCUGGUGGUGCACGAGCAGAUCCAAUCGCGGGACCAGGCCUGGGCAGGUGUGGUGGGAGGGCCUGCAGACCACAGCACCGGGAAGUCCAGUCAGCGGCAGAUGGUGUUCGGGGUGGUCACUGCCAUUGACUUGCUGAACUUCGUGGCCGCCCAGGAGCGGGACCAGAAGUGAAGUCUGGAGCGCUGGGCACUGUGGAGCGGCCCCACCACCCUGGCCCGCUUCUCCUUCGCUUUCCUGAGCCCUAAACACACACGUGAUUGGUAACUGCCUCGCCUGGCACCCGUUAUCCCUGCAGACAGCAAGGAGCAUCCAUCUCCCCUCAUUAACAUAUGGCUUCCUAAAUGGCCCUAUGAGAUGAAUGGCCCUGUGAGAUGAAAUGCGCUUUUCUCUAAUGUAACUUCCUCUUAGGAUGUUUCACCAAGGAAAUACUGAGAGAGAAGUCGGCCAGGUAGGAAGAACACGAGCAAUGACUGGGCAGAGUGGAUUAAAGGCAAAAGAGGGAAGAGUCCAGGACGGGGACAGGGAAGCGGGCAGGGAGAAGCCCGGGUGGCUGGGCAUCCUCCACGGGCAGCGCCGUCUGCUCGGGGCUGAGCUGGUGGGAGCAGUUUGUGUGUUCGGGUUUUUUAAUUGAGGUGAAAUUCAACUUACCUAAAAAUCAAUCACCUUAAAGUAAAUGAUCAGCGGCAUUUAGUACAUCCAGAAAGUUGUGUAGGCACCACCUCUGUCACGUUCCGGAACAUUCUCUCAUCACCGCAGGAAGCAAUCAUUUCCCCUCCCGUCUUCCUCCUCCCCUGGCAACUGCUAAUCGCCUUUCUGUCUCUAUUGUCUAAAAUAGGUUCUCCCUGUUCUGGACGUUUCAUAUAAAUGGAAUCACACAA